UUAAAAGAGAAGAAAAAAGAAUGGAGAGGGAAAAAGAAAUAGGAGAAGGAAGCUCAUUGUCGUUGAGGGAAAAACGAAACCUCAGGGAGAAAGAGCGACGAAUGCGUAUGAAAGAUCUAUUCUGUUUACUCUCUUCCCAUGUUUCUCCCACUCGUAGGUUACCAGUGCCCCAACUUAUAGAUCAAGCGACAUCGUACAUGAUCCAGUUGAAAGAGAAAGUAACGUAUUUAAAGGAGAAGAAAAAAACAUUGCUAGAAGGAGAAGUCGGGUGUCGCUCAGAACGAUCGUCGUCGUCUCUUUUGCCAAAACUCAGUAUCCAUUCACGGGGUUCGAUCAUAGAGAUGAACCUGAUUAUCAGUGUUAACAUGAAAAGAUUAACGUUACACGAGCUCUUGGGAGUUUUUGAAGAAGAAGGAGCUCAAGUUAUGAGUGCUAAUCUCCAGAACUUGAAUGAUAGGACCGCUUAUACAAUCAUCGCCCAGGCAAUCAUUUUUUUUUGCUAA